ACAUAAAGAACCAAAGUAAAAGUAAAAGAGAAUUACUAGAGUGAAAAGGACGGACACGAGUUCAAUAAACUUAGAAAAUGUUUGUGCUUUUUGUGUUCUUGUUCCCAUGUUUAAAAGUCGUCAGUGCAGACAACUUCAAGCAACUGACCACAAGAGAAGAGAAACUGAAAGAAAUGCAACCAAAAGUCUGUCAACAUGACAGCAGUGUGAUAAGAGGAAAUUAAUCAGUGAAUCAAAUCUCAAUUAUUCAAAGAUUCUCACUCACUAAUGAUUUUUCUGACAUAUAUAGCUGGACAAACACCAUUUCCUGAGUUCAGUGCUGUGCUGAUGUUGGAUGAUGUGCAAAUAGCAUAUUAUGACUCAAAAACAUGGAAACUUGUCUAUCGCUCUCACAAUGAAUCAAAAUACUAUGAUGAAGAGAAAAGCAAUGCUGAAUAUGUAUUUCGUGUUCAAUAUAACGAACUGAAAUAUUUGGAAUUCCAUUAUAAUGAUCACUUCAAUCACUCAGGUGUACAUGUUACUCAGAGACUUGCUGGAUGUGAAUUGUUGAACAAUGAUAAACCUGGUCCACUUUAUUACUGGGAUGCGUUUGAUGGACAGAACGUUGGGGAGUUGACUUUUGACAUUGAAAAAAAGGAAAUCCAGAAUAAACUGCUAUGGAAAACAUGGGACCAAGCAGCACAGUUUCGUAUAAAGUUCCUGCAUCAAAAUGUUUAUCAUCCUAUUUGCAUUAAAACCUUGCGGAGGUACCUGAACAUGGAAAAGAACAAUGUGAUGAGAAAAGUGAAACCCAGAGUCAGACUCAUGAAGAAGAUGCUCCCAGACUCUCAAGGGCUUCAGAUCAGCUGUCUGGCCACUGGUUUUUACCCCCGUCACAUUAACCUGACCCUGUUCAGAGACGGUCAGCCUGUGGAUGAUGAUCAGAUCACAGGAGGAGAGAUUCUGCCCAACGGAGAUGGAACUUACCAGAUGAGGAAGAGUUUGGUGAUCAGUAAAGAAAAGCUACGUCAAGAACAUAAAUACAACUGCACAAUGCAACGCCUCAAUCUGGACAACAAACUGGACAUUACAUCUGAUGUGGAUGAAUCUGACCCAGGAUCCUUCAGUCUGCCUGUCGUGAUCAGUGUGCUGCUGCUGCUGGUGUUCAUGUGUGGGGCUGGUUUCGUCAAGAAGAGACGAGCUGCUGGACGAGGAUCUGAGACAACACAGAGUGAUUAUUCACUUGCUUCAUCUUCUGCCUGUCACGGAGACAAACCCCGUGAUUCCCUCUACUGGCCAGCAGAGGGCUCCAUCUCCGGAAUAUUGACUCUUAUGCACUCUCUCUCAACUACACUUCCCAUCUACCCCGUGCAUUGGACUCUGAUCACCACACAGGUGCAGCUCUUUUGUACGGCUAUAUAAGCUGCACAAUCACAUCAAUCAAACGCGAAGUCUUGUUUUGCUCCGGCUGACAUUUCCAAGCGUUAUUUCCCGUGUUUGAUUUCCUGUUACCAGUACUGUUUUGCUUACCGUCUCUUGAACCUUUGCUGCCUGCCUCUUGACCU